AUGUACCACCAGCAAUCAGGAGGAGCUAGUGGCGGCAGUGGUACAAUUACCACCCUUUUCGCCGCCGCGGAUAAUUCACCCCUACAACAAACACAAAUCCAUCAUCAUCAUCCAAAUAACGUGAACUUGUUCAUUGAAGCCGGAAGCAAUGUCGUGAGACAUGAGCUAAGUGCUUAUGGCGAGAAAUUUCUGGAAUCAAGCUCAGCUUUUCUACAAAGCAGGAGUUGCAUUUUCAACACCCAAUAUUACUUCCAAGUCAAUGACGAGUACGUCAAGAAUAAAGUCAAGAUGAUUCUCUUUCCAUUUCUUCACAAGGGGCAUUGGAUAAGAGCAAGGGAAGUGGUGGGACGUGAUUUUACUUACAAACCAGCCAUUUAUGAUAUUAAUGCGCCUGAUUUAUACAUACCCUUGAUGGCAUUUGGUACUUACGUUGUUCUUUCUGGCUUCUUUUUGGGGACCCAAGGAAAGUUUAGUCCAGAAGCUCUAGGAGUGCAAUUAUCAACAGCAAUACUCUGUUGGUUGUUGCAAAUCCUACUUCUCGGAGCUACAUUGCACACUCUUGGAGGCGGUGCCGGAAUCGGAGUCGGCGGAGAAGUUCCAUUGCUGGACUUGGUUGCAUACGGUGGAUACACAUUCAUAGCAGCAUCACUAAUUAUGACUGCCCGAAUCCUUCUUUGUGAUCAUCUUUUGUGGGCAGCCAUUUUGUGGGAGAGUUUGUGCAUGGGAGUCUUCUUGGUCAAGACCAUGAAAAGGAUCUUGGUUUCGGAACUCAGGAGCGGCGUGGACUACUCCAUAUCUAACAACAAGAGAAAUUACCUCUUGCUUAUGAUUGCAAUUUCUCAGAUACCUCUACUACUUUGGCUAGGUAGCAGUUAA